AUGGCGGACAAGGCCAACAAGCUGGACCCAUGUGAUGAAACCCUCUAUGCAUCAUGUGAUGUAAACCCUCAAGAUGGAACUUCAAAUGACACCGACAUAGUGACAACAGAUGCUGGCUGUUUGACAGAGGUGUGUAAUCUUGCCAACCUCCCAGAGGUCGAGAUCCUCAGCUUAAUCGAGGAGCAGAUUCCCAAAUAUCGCCUGAGGGCGGACUCCAUCACCAGCUUCUGUGGCUACGAGAAUCAGGACUGGAUCCAAACCCCGCUCAUCCCCAUCGACGAAGACCUUGAGUUGUCCAAUGACCAAAUUCAGGAAACUCUCAAGUACUUUGUGCUAUGUUCGGAUCGUGUGACCCAGAUGACUAAAACGUACAAUGAUAUAGAAGCCGUGAACAGACUACUGGAGGAGAAAGAGAGAGAUUUGGAAUUAGCUGCUAAAAUUGGACAAACCUUACUAACAAAAAACCAGGAACUCUCAGAAAAAAAUGACGUUUUGGAGGAGCACUUAUCUCUUCUUAAUGAAAAGGUAAAUCAGAUCAAGCAUGAGUUAACCCUAAAGAAUGGUCUACUACAGGCGUUUUCAGACACCGUCGAUUCGUCUCCCAGCGAUGAAUCCGCAAGUGGCAGCAUUGACGGUUUACAACAGAUAGGGGGAGGUGUUCUACAGAAAAAAGUCAAAGAUCUCGAGGAAGAAAAUCUCAAACUCAGAUUAGAGACUGAGCAGCUGUCCUCAGAAACCUCUAGAUAUGAAGAAAAGGAACAGAGACUAGUGGAUGAUUGUGUUGUACAGCUCAAUGCCAGGAAGAAGGAGUUGGACCUGCUGGGUGAAGAACUUCUACGGAGGUCUGAAGAAUGCAGUGGUCAGAAGGAGGAGAUCACGAGCCUGCUGGCCCAAGUUGUGGAUCUCCAGAAACGCAUCAAAAUCGUGACACUGGAGAAUAUGGAAUAUCAGAAGCACCUGGAAGCUUCACAAACUGCUCAGAGGGAACUCACUGCUGAGCUUGCAUCUCUGAAAGACAAGCAUGAUGAGCUGCAUGUUUUGUAUGAGGAGGCACAGGAAGAAAUCCGAGAACUCCGUCGUAAACAGAAGCCAGGAGCAGUGAGGCACAACUACAUGUCAGCAUCCGUACUCAGUCUUCCAUCAGACUCGCUCGCUUCAGAACUCGAGAGCUCGCUGCGUAGUGAGUGUGACUAUCCUCCAGGAUACUCACCCGCGGAGAGAAAAGUACACAACUGGAAGAUCUUCGAGACUGCAAAGGCUGCCCUGAAGGUGGGAAGUUGCCGAAACUCCCUGGGUGGGUCCAGAAGUUCUCUGGCUCCCUCUGCUAACCAAAGUAUGAUGAAUCUAGGUCACAGUCCCCAGGGACCCAGUAGUCUGGACGUGAGUCGUAACGACAGUGGGGGGGAGUCCGCCUCCGUCUCCACCAGGAGCUCAAUGUACUUUGCUGAUUUAGAAGGAAGCGAUGCUCCGUCCGAUCUUGCCGGCUUUAACAGUCUCUACAGAGCUGAGAAAUGUCAAUACGGCAAACCAGGAAUUCCCGGAUCAAAUGACCUGGAGACAGCACUACGUAAACUGUCGCUACGAAGAGCUAACGAGCUGAAUGAGAAGGACUUCCGGGAGGAUGAGGAGAAAAGACACCGGGAAAGAAAUAGGACUGAGAGCGAGAUAUCUGCUGACACGCCUGGUAUCUGCCGCACUCCCGACAGUACACUGUCUACAGGAAGUGGAUUGUCUCAGUUCUCAAUGACAGGAAGUAAUAAUCCGUACUACCGCCUCCCACAGAAACUUCGAAUCAUCAAACCGUUGGAGGGUUCUGUGACAUUGAGGCAGUGGCAGCAGUUGGCCACACCUAAGAUAGACAGUCUGUUUGAAUCCCGACCAGGAGUGGCCACUAAAGGGGAGAGAAAGCUGGACGUCGAGGUGGAGACUUACAACAUCAGUGACUUUGAGGAGGAUGAUGACUACCAGGAGUGUCCCAGUAAGCGAUAUGAAGAGAGCUCCACCAUCAACACAGUCACAGACUCCAAAGUCAGGCACCCAGCGGACUACAGCAGUGAUGAAGAUGAGACUUUAUCUGAAUGUGAAAAUAAAGAUACUACGACGAGAUCCUUCACCCCGAGAAUGGCCACGGGUCAUCAAGGAGACAAUGCCACCAGUACCUUCAGUGUAUCGCUUGGACUGGCAUCCAUUUUAAACGAGCGAGAUCUGUUUCCACCCGCAAAUAAGAAUCAGAAUUCAAAGUUAGAGCCGGCAGCAAAUCCGGAGCGAGUUGAUAGCAUUACGUCUGAUUCCCAUUUUGAAUUUACCAAAAUCACAUCGUCUUCCACUAACACUACAAAGUCUGAAUGCAACUUGUCGGAGUCAACAGUUUUACCCCGUCCCGACACUGCUUCACCGCAACUAAGUUUACCCCAUUCCUUUGGGUCUGUUAAUACCCCUUCUACAUCACAAAGAGGGUUACCAUUUGAUCAUCUUAAUCAGGGGACACAUGUUUUAAUGGACACCCUGAAACAUACGGGUUACUCAAUCAUAAACUCUAGGUAUCUUGGGGGAUUUUUGGGGUCGCAGAGAAUGGAAGAGACAGCUUCUGCCCCAUGUGAUCAGGGAACUGAGUCAUCAACAGCAGAUGUAACUCAUGUGACUGCGGGAAGCAUCAAGAAGACCGAGGUGUCAAAAAUUAACUCGUUGAUAGGGCACGCCCUUCCAGGGGGUGUGUCCGGGGCAUUGUCACAGCUUCGACAAAGUGGAAUCUUCUGAGACAGAGCAAGGUGUUGUGUAGGAUGGAGAAGGUGAUACAGGUGUGAUACAGGUGCGAGACAUUGACUCUGGUGAAGGUUAUCUGUAGUGUGUGCCUUAUCAUAUAGCAUUCAAUAUGUGAUCACGAGCAUUAGAUCUUUGUACAAUCAUGAUUUACGUGGCGGUUUUUUUAUUAUUUUUUUUUUGCAUUAGCUCUUUGCAUUAGCUUUUAAGUUAUGGUAAUUUGUUGGAAAAUUGUUAAUGUGGCAUCUAUUGAGAGGAAAAAACCCAUACUGUAUCCUAUCUUCAUAAUGACACCAUUUUUGUACAUAGAUAAUCAAGUUUUGUAGUUCAUAAUAGGUUACCAAACCUUGCCAAGGUCAGUAAGCUGGGCUGAUUGAUUUCACUAGUCAUGAUAUGAUGGCAUUUACAGGAAUCGUUCAAUCGUACCAUGCCCUUAUUUAUUUGCUACAUGGUCGCCUGCUCUCCCAUUGACUAAUAAUAAUAAUUCUUCUGUAAAGUACUUAAACACAAUAGGCAAAAAUAUUUAGAAAUUAUUUUUGAGAGUUAAAGUCUUUAAAUGAAUAAUUCAAAAUUCUGUGCAAGAAAUUGCUCAAUUAGUGAUCUCAAGAGUAUUGCAAAUUCAGAAAUUGUGACCUUUAUCUCGUAGUUAGGAUUGUGGAACUUAUAUGUAGUGAACAUAUUUGUUACGCACAUGAAUGUAGCUGACAAGUUAUUAUAGUAGAAUUACUAGUGGCAUUGAAUAAAUCGUACAGUCAAAUUCAUUCCAUGAUGCAUGUAAUUCAUAUAGAAUUCCUCAUGAAAAUGUAUGAAAUGAAUGCUUGUAAGCCCAUGUUGUGCAUGGUGUUUGAUUUUUUAUUGCUGUUAUAGACCAGUGAUUUUUUAGUCAGGGGAAUUUCCUACAUCUUGUGAUAACCAUUGUGAUCCUGUAACACACGUAUAUGUGGAGUGUGGAGUUUCGUUGUCCAUGCUUGCGGUGAUAUCAAUGUUGUAAUGAUGAGAACGUAUCAUUGUAACAAUUAUUGGUCCAAGACAGACAGAACUUAGGUCAGGGACUGACACAUUUAGGGCUGUGUUGUACUAAUUAAGUGUGGAUUAACUAAUCGUGAAAAUGAUUUUACGUUUUUUGAAAUAUGAAUGGUCUGUAGACAGGAGGGGAAAAAACUUGGUGUAUUGUGAGAAUCUCAGAACUUCUAUGCAGCAGUUUGCUUUGUGCUGUGUCGUUUAUAACAUUAUGAUAAAUGAUAAAACUAACAUUUUCUGUCAAGGAUGUACCAGAACACGUCUUUCAAGCAUUGGCUUUCUUUGUUAGCUGUAAAACACGGUUAUAGUGAAUUCACACAUACAGUAAAACACGGUUAUAAUAUGAAUUCACAGGUACAGUAUAACAUGGUACCGUUAUCAUAAAUUCACACGUACAGUAAAUCACCGUUAUCGUGAAUUUACACUUUCAGUAAAACACCCCGUUACAGUGAAUUCACACGAACAGUAAAUCACGGUUAUAGUGAAUUUACACUUACAGUAAAACACCGUUAUAAUGAAUUCACACGUACAGUAAAACAUGGUUAUAGUGAAUUCAUUCACGCAGUAAAACAUGGUUAUAGUGAAUUCACACUUACAGUAAAACACAGUUACAGCACACACACUUAUAAUGAUUUCACUUGCAGUAAAACAUAGUUACAGUAAAACACGGUUAUAUUAAAUGAAUGCAGGAAUACAACAAAGUGAUUUUCAUUCCCUGUAGUUUUAAAACCCAUUAUGGACUUAUUUGAUAAAACAAAUUACAGUUAUAGUGAAUCAAAAUUGAGUGUCCCUAGCACUUCACUAUAGGCAUAUUUUACUGGGUUUUUUUGUUUUUUGUUUCUGUUUUUGUGAAAUGAUGAAUAACAUGAUAGCCAAUUUCUUUUUUUUGUUUGAAAACUGAGUUAUACUGGUAAAAAAAAAAACGAGCUGAAUUGUAAUCUGUGUCAAACAUGAUGAAUAUAUGUAGCUCCAAAAGUUUUAUGUACUACGUAGUAGAUUCCGUGUGAUUUUGUUGUUUAUGUGUGGAAACAGUUACUUUUCUUUGGUCGUAAAUCCUCAUUUUUCUGUAUCACGCCAGUGUUGACCAAUCUUGCGUAUUCAAUUUAAAAUAGAAGUUUUCUUUAAAGUGUUACUUGUAUUCAUCUUCACAAGAAAUCUUUAAUCAGAUAAUCAGAUUUGUGUUUUAAUUAACAUGUCUGGGUCGGGGUUUUUCUUUUACUUUUUUUUUUGUUUGAUACACAAAUAAUUGGGUCCACAGAUGUGCAGAUUCAUUGUUCUUUGUGUGAAUUUGGAGGAAGUCAUUUCCAAUUUUUUUUUUUCGUCAUGAAAUUUUUGUAAAUUACGUACAAUGUACUAUGUAUCAUGGCCAUCCCCCUUUUUAACCAGAAAAUUUUGUGUUGUGAUAAUUUUACUGUCUGUAUGUUUGUUUAAUGGGGAACAUUGACUGGAGGACUAGGAUUGAAUCCGAGGGGAGGGUAGAACAUGGUUUUAUGCUCCAGCUGAUUUAAAAAAACUUCUCGGUUACUGUCACUUAAGUUUACGAAUUCAAAUAUCCAUUUUUCCAAACCAAAAGAAUUCAUGGAACAUAGAUCCUAAAAUUCUAGUAAAUAUGAUUGAUGUAUUAAAUACAGCAAAGAUUAUACAGUAUAUGAGAAAGUCCUUUUCAAUUUUCAUUUAAUAAAUAUAUGUACAUGUUUUUAUAGAGGAAAUAUUACCAAAAUUAUAUUUUCAUAUGUUGUUCUGAAAAUAGAUUUUUUCAUUUUAGCGCUAACAGCAGACAGAAAUCGACAUCAAUUUGAAUUUAAGUAACAGAUACACAUUGAAGACAUUUUUAGGGAGAAAAUAUUUUUCUAAAAAGUGUAUACCACAGAUGUAUUUACUUCAUUCUCAACUUGGCAGAAGUUCCUACAAUUUUAAUUCCUUCAUUGAAAAGUCUAUGCUUUCAGAUUAAUAAAAAAAAAUCCCUUGGGAAAAGCUCAGCUUGAUCAUAUACUGUACUCAUUCUGAAUUGGUAAACUUAAGUGAGAGCUGGGCGUUUAGUUUUUAUGAGUGCCAAAUUUUUAUGUACAUAUGUACAUCAUAGAAAUUUUAAGAGAUAUGUUCAUGUAAUAUAUACCAUUGUAAUUUAGUUUGUGGAUUUCCCCCUCUGAAUUGUACUUAAAAUGUCCAUGUUUUCAAAAGCAGCAUUUCUUUUACACUUUUCCAACACCUUCAGACCAGUUCUGCUUCUUUUCAAGUUUUAAAAAGCUGAGGUUUUGGAAGUAAAUUCUGAUCAUAUAUUUCUGGCAAAUGUUGCAAUCAAAACUUGCUGGUGUCAGUUUUUCUGCUGUGAAUUGUGGGAUGGUAUGCACUAUUGUGACCUUCCCGUACAGUAAAGGUGCUAAUACACACAGAAGGGGCUUGUUUUGUUUUUCUUUCCAAUUGAUGACUAUUCAUCAUACUAGAAAAUUAAAUGUCUACUGGACUCUGUUAUAGAUAUAAAAACAAUAAAAGAAUUGGAAUAAAA